AAACAUGAGACCGGAAAGACUGUCUCUCUCUUCUCCGCGGGCCACGGGCAGUUUGACAGUGGUACUUGAGACGGCUGUCAGCAGGCUCCAUUCUCCCUGAAAGUCUCAGUGAACAGCGUGCUUCUCUCAGCAUGGCAUCUGACGAGCUGGCAAAGAAGCUGCAGUCGCGGCUGGCGACUACGCAGGAGACCGAGCCGAGGCCGGAGCCAGAACACAGCCCAGUCCGACCCAAGCCGCAGGAGGCCGAUGGAGCCUGCGGAGACUCGUCCUCCGAGCUGUCCGCGAUACUGACCCGCAGGCAGGACAUCAACGAGGGCAACGCUGCUCCACGGCUGACCCGCGUCUUCAACCCCUACACGGAAUUCAAGGAGUUCUCCCGCAAGCAGAUCAAGGACAUGGAGAUGAUGUUCAAACGGUAACCUGCCGUCGUGUUGUCCUCUCAAACGCAGUCCGACAUGUUUACGCGUAGUCGUGGGGAUUUGGGCUGAAUGAGCGUGUGCGGCGGGAAGCUCAUGAUGAGAUUAAGAUGCUGCUGUGACGUGAAGCCUCCCCGUGAAGCAGGCUGUCACUUUUUGGGGGAUUCACACUGACUCAUUACUGCAGUCUUUGUUGCUAGUACCCCACAUGUUAUCCCUCUACCUCUAGUGUUGUGUCGUGAUCAGAGGAGAGACCUGGCUGUGGCUUGCUACGCAUCUCCUAUAAAAUUGACAACCUCAGCUGGCCAAGAUAUGCUGUGCAGGGCAAAGGAAAUAGUCUAUGGAGUCCCAGGUCUAUCACUAAAUGGUCAAAUUUAAACUACAUUUAAAAACAUCAUUUAAUUAUAAUGCCAUACAGUAAUGUAAACGGUUUUGUUUGACCAACAGUCAAACAUCCAAAUAUAUUUAAUUAUCUUGGCUUUUAUGAUAGGGAAUUAUGAAAGUUAUGUUGGUUUUCAUGCUGUUUUAGAUUUAAUUGCUGGUCAAAUUGACCUGGAACUCUUUUUUUAUGUGUAACAUGAGGCUUGAGUUAAACUCGGAAUGUCACAGUUAUCAAUUUUAUGAUAAAUGUGUGUGGACUUCCAGGUCUUUUAGUUGAACAUUUGAACUGAGAAGCACUGGUGAUGUCACUGUAGAACAUUUAGGUGAAGCCUGUUUUGGCACACAACAAGCUUUUGCUCCCUCUCUCUUUCUCAAUCGCACUUUCUAAACCCAACCUGCGCACUGAGUUAUAAAAAUAAAUCAAAUAAAAAAGAUGCUUAGGCCCUG